AUGCCAGCAUUUGCAGUAACAGCAGUAAGAAGAUUAGCACAAACGGCUACGAUCAUGUCUCCAUCUGCAAACAGUUCAAUCUCUGAUGUGGUAAUCCUUUCGGCCACACGUACUCCAAUCGGUUCAUUCAAUGGAGUUUUAAAAAAAGUAACUGCGCCCGAAUUGGGUAUCACUGCUGCUAAAGCCGCGAUCGAAAGAGCAGGUCUAAAACCUAAUCAAAUCGAAGAUGCUUACUUUGGUAGUGUUUUGCAAGGCAAUUUGGGUCAAGCUCCCGCUCGUCAAGUCGUUUUAGGUUCAGGAUGUCCUUCAACCACUGAAGCAACAACAAUCAACAAAGUAUGCGCUUCCGGUAUGAAAGCAAUCACUCUUGCUGCUCAAAAUAUCAUGUUGGGUCAACGUAAAGUCAUGCUAGCAGGUGGAAUGGAAAGUAUGUCAAAUGCACCAUUUUAUCAAGCACGUCAAUUGCCCGUCUUAGGUCAUGCUCAAUUGGCAGACGGAAUCAUGCGUGAUGGUUUGACAGACGUUCAAGGUGGUUACCCAAUGGGAAACUGCGCUGAAAAUACGGCAAAGAAACAUGAACUAACCCGUGAAGCACAAGAUGCCUAUGCUAUCGAAUCAUACAAGCGUGCUGCUGAUGCAUGGAAAGCAGGCGCAUUCAAGAAUGAAGUCGUCCCAGUCACAAUCAAGGACAAAAAGGGAGACGUUGUCGUUUCUGAAGAUGAAGAAUUCAAAAAUAUCAAACUUGACAAAGUUCCUUCUUUACGUCCCGUCUUUGACAAGAACGGUACCGUUACUGCAGCAAACGCAAGUACGAUCAAUGAUGGUGCAAGUGCAGUAAUCUUGGCAAGCGAAGAAGAAGCAAAGAAGUUGGGUGUGAAGCCAUUGGCAAAGAUUAUCUCAUUCGCUGAUGCUGCUUGUGACCCAAUCGAUUUCCCAAUCGCACCUGCUCAUGCAAUCCCCAUGGCAUUGGAAAAAGCUGGAUUAAAGACAUCCGAUAUCGCUUUAUGGGAAAUCAAUGAAGCUUUCAGCGCAGUUGCUUUGGCAAACGUCAAGUUGCUCGACUUAGACCCUUCCAAGGUGAACGUUUUGGGAGGUGGUGUCAGUUUAGGUCACCCAAUCGGUUCUUCAGGUUGUCGUAUUGUUGUUACACUCGCACAUGCGCUCAAACCUGGCCAAUACGGUUGUGCAGGUGUUUGCAACGGUGGUGGUGGUGCAACUGCUAUUGUUAUCAAGCGGGAAGAAUAA